UUUAGCAAUGGCAGAAGAUUUGCUGAAUGUGCUGCAGCUCCACUUCACGCAGCAGCAGACGAUUUGGUUUCCAGCUAAUAUUCUACUUCUCUGAGCAUCAUCUUCCUUCGGUGGCUCUCUUCUUUUCAGCUUUCCAGUUCUUGCCCCUGUUGAUUUACAGGUCACGAAUCUUGAGGAUCAUUGCCCUCCUUCCGCUGCCCCAAAUCUAGUUCUCCCUCUUAGCAGAUACGACAAUGACUCAGUUCAUCUUGUUUGCAUGGAUUUCAUWACAUGGACCAAUGAAAAUGAUGUUAGUUAGGAUGGGAGAACUCUAUCUUACAGUGAUAAUACUGGCUUGCUUUCAUUAUUCUGCACUGUCUGAUUAUCAAGGUGAUGCACUAUUUGCAUUGAAGAGUGCAUUGAAUGCAACAACAAACCAGCUCACAGAUUGGAACCCAAAUCAAGUCAAUCCAUGCACUUGGUCCAAUGUUAUAUGUUAUGGAAACAAUGUGAUCUCUGUAUCCUUGUCAACAAUGGGAUUUACUGGAACCUUGUCUCCGAAAAUUGGAGUUCUAACAUCACUUUCAACCCUGAUUUUGCUGGGCAAUAAUAUAACUGGCGAGAUACCAGAGGAUUUUGGAAACCUGAAAAAUUUGGUCAGUUUGGAUUUGGGAAAUAACAGCCUAACUGGUCAAAUACCAUCUUCCUUGGGUAAUCUGAAGAAACUACAGUUCCUAACUCUUAGUCAAAAUCAUCUAACUGGGACUGUUCCUCAGUCACUUUCUAGCCUUCCUAGCUUGAUCAGUCUUUUAGUUGAUUUGAAUGAUCUCAGUGGUCCAAUUCCGGAGCAGUUAUUUCAAGUUCCAAAAUUCAACUUCUCUGGAAACAUGUUGACUUGUGGCAAAAAGUAUCCUCAGCCUUGCGCUUCAGACAGUACAAACUCAGGUUCUUCAAAUAAGCCGAAGGUUGGCCUGAUAGUUGGACUUAUUGCUGGGUUUACCGUUGUUCUUCUCUUGGUCUGUUUAUUGUUUUGCUUGUGCAAAGGUAGAUAUAAAGCCUACAGGCGUGAAGUCUUUGUAGAUGUUCCAGGUGAAGUUGAUCGAAGAAUUGCAUUUGGUCAGCUGAAAAGAUUUGCAUGGAGGGAACUACAACUAGCUACAGAAAACUUUAGUGAGAAAAAUGUUUUAGGACAAGGAGGCUUUGGAAAGGUGUAUAAAGGGGUGCUUGCUGAUGGCACAAAAGUUGCAGUGAAACGGUUGACUGAUUAUGAAAGUCCGGGGGGAGAUGCUGCUUUCCAGCGUGAAGUUGAGAUGAUUAGUGUAGCUGUUCAUAGGAAUCUAUUGCGGUUGAUUGGAUUUUGUACAACUCAGACAGAACGCCUAUUGGUGUAUCCCUAUAUGCAGAAUUUGAGUGUUGCCUACCGUCUUCGAGAACUUAAGCCGGGAGAACCCAUUUUAGAUUGGCCUACUCGAAAACGUGUGGCAUUGGGCACGGCUCGUGGUUUAGAGUAUCUUCACGAACAUUGCAAUCCAAAGAUUAUUCAUCGAGAUGUUAAGGCCGCUAAUGUAUUGUUGGACGAAGAUUUUGAAGCAGUUGUUGGCGAUUUUGGUCUAGCAAAGUUGGUUGAUGUUAGGAAGACUAAUGUCACUACCCAAGUUCGGGGGACGAUGGGUCACAUAGCACCAGAAUACUUAUCAACAGGAAAGUCGUCAGAAAGGACUGAUGUUUUUGGUUAUGGUAUCAUGCUUUUAGAACUAGUUACUGGGCAACGUGCAAUUGAUUUCUCGCGCUUAGAAGAAGAAGAUGAUGUUUUACUCCUCGACCAUGUCAAGAAACUGGAAAGGGAGAAGCGGCUUGAUGCUAUUGUGGAUCGAAACCUGAAUAACUACAACAUUCAAGAGGUGGAGAUGAUGAUCCAAGUAGCAUUACUAUGCACGCAGCCGUGUUCAGACGACCGUCCGGCAAUGUCACAGGUCGUUCGGAUGCUCGAAGGAGAGGGACUGGCAGAGAGGUGGGAAGAAUGGCAGCAUUUGGAGGUGACUCGUAGACAGGAGUACGAGAGACUGCAGAGAAGAUUUGAAUGGGGGGAAGACUCCAUUCAUAGACAGGAUGCUAUCCAGUUGUCUGGAGGAAGAUGAGGUACAAAAAUUAGCUCAAAUUCUCUUCCUUCUCCAAUCUCUCAAGCUGUGAGAACAUACAACAGUUAUUUUUGGUAGGGUCAGUUUGAUGGGGGGCCAUCCUUAAAGCAUUUUAUACAAACUUCACCAGUUAAGAAAUCCUUGCCUUUCCAUCUCCAGUUUGUAAAUUUUCAGUGUCUUUUGCUUUCAUUUCUUGGCUGUUCAUCUUUUUUGUAAUCUUGUUUCCCCCAAUUUAACAUUUUCUGUUGCCGAACUUUGUAAUACAACCAAGUCAACAAAGUGAUCAAAUUCAUGUUUGGCAUAAACAUUUGCCGUGUGUUCCAGUGGUCAAAUAGUUUUUUUUUCCCUUCGA